AUGAACGCGUCAAAGGUGACAGCCAAAAACGCGCCUUGCUCAUCUUUCGAGGAGUGCUGUUUGCUCUGUGGUCAUGACUCGGACCGCUGUGCUCGCGGCCCCUGCAGCAUGAACGUGAUCACUCGCAUCUUCUUCAGCGUUAGCGUACCCACUAACGACGUUGUUUUCUGGGAUGUUGUCUUCUCCUUCUACGGCAUGGUGCCGUACUUUGUGCCAACGGCCAUUACGCUUGAUUUCAUCUUCCUCCGCCGCAGCUGGGUGAGAGUCUUCGCAUUCCUCUUUAUUCCCAUCUUCGGCGGUAUCAACUCAAUUAUCGUUUUAAGUCUGGGCGAGUGCAGCGAGUGCGAUCGCCCAUGCGGUAGCUGUGUCUCCAGCAACGGCAUGCCUUCAGGCCACGCCACCACCGCCAUCGGCUUGGGUCUGUGGCUGAUCCUUGAGACGCUCUUAGGCGUCGGCAAGCAAUGGAGGGUGAUUACAAAGGUGGCUGUAUGUGUCGGUCUCGUCGUGCUCUUUGUACCAGUUCCGUAUAGUCGCAUAUACCUAGGCGACCACACGGAGCUGCAAGUUGUCAUCGGAAGUGCUGACGGAGUCGUGUUCGGUCUCGUUUACUUCUUUGUGCUCCGUUACGUGGUGGGAAGACGACUUCCGGGCGUCACGGAGCGGAUGAAGCAAGGCUGCUUCCAGUUCUUAAAGAUAUCCAACGAUUUUUACACUGUAAAUCAAGACAGCUCAAUGCUGGCACCGGAACAGCCCCGCUAUGAAUCGACGUAG